CGCAAUUGAACAAGUUGCUGGAAGAAGCUGAACGAAAAAAAGAAGCAAAAGCUAGUGAUUACCACCCACUUUCUUCAUUCUGCAAGAGUCAUGUCCGUCGCUACUUCUCCUCUGCAUCAAAUACAAUUUCUCAAAUGUCCUCGCUUUUCUUCCAAAUCCCACUUUCGCCCUCGUCGCUUCCACUCCCUAACCCAGAGAACCAUUCCUGCAAUCUCCGCAGUUGCAGCGGAAACGGAGUUGCAUACACAGCAGGAUCAAUCAGUUGAAGCAGAUGUGUUUGCUUGCCCAAUAUGUUAUGAACCAUUGAUAAGAAAAGGCUCUCCUGGUCUGAAUUUAUCAGCAAUUUAUAGAUCUGGUUUCAUGUGUAAGAUAUGUAAGAAGUCAUACACUAGCAAGGACAGGUAUCUGGAUUUGACUGUGACUGCUGGAUUGAAAGAUUACACUGAAAUUCAACCAGCUCGGACUGAGCUUUUCAGGAGUCCCCUUGUUUCCUUCUUAUAUGAAAGAGGAUGGCGUCAGAAUUUCAGGCAAAGUGGCUUUCCUGGUCCUGAUGAAGAGUUCAAAAUGGCUCAAGAGUACUUUAAAUCUGCUAGAGGUGGACUUCUUGUUGAUGUUAGCUGUGGCAGUGGUUUAUUUUCCAGAAAAUUCGUAAAAUCUGGAACCUAUUCCGGAGUCGUUGCACUAGAUUUCUCUGAAAAUAUGCUUCGUCAAUGUUAUGAUUUCAUUAAGAAAGAUGACACACUUUCAACAACUAAUAUUGCUCUCGUAAGGGCAGAUGUUUCUAGGCUUCCCUUCGCAUCAGGUUCAGUUGAUGCUGUUCAUGCUGGUGCAGCUUUGCAUUGCUGGCCAUCUCCCUCCAAUGCUGUUGCUGAAAUCACCCGGAUACUAAGAAGUGGUGGAGUUUUUGUUGGAAGCACUUUUCUGCGUUACAGUUCAUCAACUCCCUGGUUUAUACGCCCUUUCAGAGAGAGGACUCCACAAGGCUAUGGCUAUUUAACAGAGGAAGAGAUCAGAGACCUUUGCACUUCGUGUGGUCUUACUAAUUACUCAAGCAAGACUCAGCAGGCUUUUAUUAUGUUUACAGCUCAGAAGCCAUAAAAAUAAGUUUGAUCUGUUUACAAUAAAAUUUAUUAAUUCCUUCUGUAUUAAAGAAAUUGUAAAUAAACGAGAAAUGAAAAGGUAAAAAUCCGGGUCUGAUGUAAAGGCUCACACGUUGUAAAAUACUUCAUGCAUGAAUCCCCUGUAUAA